AGCAAAGUACGGCAACCAGAGCGCCCACUUCCGUGCAACGUGCUCGUCGCAUGGAAUUGGUCGCUUCACCACCACUCCGACUUCCCUUUCUGGCUCCGCGGGCGGCGCGGGCGGCGCGUAUGCCGCGGUGGCAGAGGGCCGAAGCCAGUGCCUCUGGCCCUCGCACCGUGGCAGUGAUAGGCGGAGGAGUGGCUGGCUUGGCGUGUGCCAAGCGCCUGGGAGAGCUGGGCGUCUCUGCGACGGUCUUCGACACCGGGAAGCGCGGCCCCGGCGGCAGAGCCUCCUCGCGGCAGUGGCGAGGGCAGGUGGUGGACCACGCGAGCCAGUUCAUUGCCACUACCGACCCGGAAUUUCGAGAGCUGAUUGCCUCAUCCGGAGCCGCUCGGCCCCUGCAACGCUUUGGGAGGCUGCGGAAGGAUGGCUUUCAACCAGAAGAUGGCGAUCGCUGGGUGGGAAUUCAGGGCAUGGGAGGCAUUGUCAGCAAGCUGGCGGAGGGGGUGAAUGUGCGCCAGGACAUUUGGGUGCCUCCAUCCAACGGGCUGAGUGUAGAAGAUGGCAGCUGGAGCGUGGCAAUCCCGGGCCCAACUCGGGCAACGGAGAGGUUCGAUGCUGCGGUCAUUGCCCACAACGGAAAAUGCGCAGAGCGGCUGACGUCCUCUACACCAGCCCGCGAGGUGCACGCGCUGCUCCGCACCAACUUUGCUGCCAGCGUGACGCGUGCGCAGCCUGGCUGCGGAAGAUUCACUCUGAACCAGAUCUACUCCUUGCUGUUUGAGGUGCCAAAGGGGUUGAUGCCCACCGACUUCGCCGCCGCCUUUGUAGAGAACGAGCCCAUUCUGCGAUGGCUCUCCUCGAACACGGCAAAGCUUCAGCAGUCUGCAGAGUGCGAGGUUUGGACAGCCUUGAGCUCACCAUCCUUUGGCAAGCAGCACAAAGCACCGCAGGAGUUCCUUGAAGGUACCGCCAAAGAAGCGGAGGUGAUCGAGCUGAUGCUGGCGGCAGUGGAGAGGGCCGUGGCUUUGCCUUCCGGGAGCCUCCAAGCAGCGAGCGCCACGAAGCUGCAGCUCUGGGGGGCAGCCCUGCCCAUCACACGUUGGGCCAGCAGGGACGCAACGGAUUUUGCCUGGUCCUCUGCUCACCGCAUCGGCAUAGCAGGCGACUGGCUGAGCUCCUGCCCAGAGAGGGCAUCUACCAUCGAAGCAGCUUGGCUCUCCGGAGUUCGGCUUGCAGAGCAUAUCGCCAAGCAGCCGGCGGAGGACGCCGGAAUUCAGCUAGGCGAGUCUGGGGGAGCCUUCGUGCCCGUGGAGGCGGACUUUGGCGGCGGGGGCUCCGCCCCGGGUGCCUGGGUGGACCCUGAAAAGGGCAAGGGCAAAGGCAAGGGAAAAGGACGCAAGGGCUGGAAAGGAUAGCACGUGGAAAAGUCGUUUUGCAUCAAAGUGCAUCAAAGUACUGCGCAGUCCUAGGCGGUAGGCACGGUAGGCACGCAGUUAUAGGCUCACGGAGCAAAUAUUGGACAACAGAGUACCCA